AAACAACCUCACUCUACUCUCUCAUCAGUCUCUUCUUCACUUCUAAUCCUCCCUAUGGCGCGCAAAUUCGCAUGACCAAACUUCACCGCAUCACCGCCGCCGCUACGAACUUUAGCCUUGCCGAAAACCACUGAAAUGGGUGAAUUGCGUAAUUGGGAAGCGUCAGCAGGUUUGAUUGAGCCCAAGGUUGAAGUCCAGGACACUAAUUUUGAGUCGGAGGAGCACGACCGGUUGCCAUUGAAACAGCGGCUGAAGAUUUUAUUGGCUCGCAGUAAACUUUCGGAUUUGUUUCCCGGUGGCGAUUCAGAGAACGAUGAACUUUUUGAUUUGUUCCCGAAGGCUGACUAUGGUGUUGUGAAGAAGCGAGAUGGAGAGGGUGAUUCGGAGUAUUUCUCUCCUAGGAGUUCUCUUCUUGAAGGAAAGUCAGGGAGUUGGUCUAGUGGACAACAUUACAAUGGUGAGUGGGGCGAUUGUGAUGACGAAAUGAUGGAAGCUGAUGUGGUUAACCCCAGCACUGACCUACUAGACAAAGUUAAGGUUAUGGAUGAUGCUUCUGAUUCACGUCCGAUCAUGUCGUCGCAAUCUAGGGGAAUGGAUGGUAUGAGUCCGGGCAACAGUUCCUUAACUGCAGUCGAAAAUGAUCCAUGUGGCGGUAGUUUCCAUGGAAAAGAAACUGUUGAACAGAAAUCCACUGCUUUUGUUGAUGAAUUUGAUCACAUUGUGCUUAAGGAACGUCAGAGACUGCUUCUUUCAAGUCAAAUAUGUGGCUUGACCCAGACAUCUUUGGAGUGUAAACGUAAACAGUUGCCUGCUCCAGCUGUGGAGAAUUUGUGCCAUCCAAGUACCAAGACUAUCAAAGUAGAGGUUUUCUUUGAUGAUAAAGAGUUUGCUAUGGGUGAAAACCGUGGUUGUGGUGAUGAGAGGACUUCUGUAUCUGGUUCUUCAAAUGCUUUUGGCACAGUACCCCGUUUGGAUAAAACAAGUUCAUCAUCUGAGUAUUAUUGUCAUGAAAGCGGACAGGUUAAGUCUAGAAACAUGACAAGGAUAGAAGAGAUGGAUGGACUGAGCUCUUUGCAGAAAAAUGUUGCGGGAGUCAGAACUGUCAGCAGACAGAAAUUGUUACAUAUGCCUAAUUUAUCCAUGUCUAAUUUUGUUGGUGUCAAGGUAGAACCCAUCGAUAUCAAUGAAACAAACAUCCGAGAAGUUUCUCUUACUUCCUUGCCUGUUGAGAAAGUGAAUCUGUUGAAAGUUGAAUGUGGCAAUCCAUAUGAUUUUGAGAAAGAUAUACUUGACCAUAUGUUGCUGAGGGAGCGGAUGAAAUUGUUACCUUCAUACGUGCCUUGUUUGGAUGUCCACCAACUGGAAUGUACCGGCAAGAUAGUUCCUUCUGCAAUAGAUUGUGAACCUAUUGCAAAAGAAUCGCUGAAGCCUUUGAAAAUAAACCGUCUAAAGAAAAGAAAAACAGCCACGGCUUCUGUUGAGAGAGCAUUGGAGGAAGAUGCUCCUGGACUUUUGCAGGUAUUAAUUGGGAAAGGUGUGUCAGUUGAUGAAAUUAAGCUUUAUGGCCAACCAGAGCAUGAUGAUGCUCUUGAUGAUUUGCUCUCUGAAGACAACUUUACAGAACUUGAAGCUAUUAUCUCGAAGAUAUUCUCUCAGCCGGCCUCAUUGUUGAAGCUUUCUACCUUGCGGUGCUCGAAGGGUGAGAAAGCUAGCUACUGUUUAGCUUGUCUCUUUUCACUUGUGGAACAGGCACAGCAUUUACGAUUUCGAAAGUGGCCUGUUGAAUGGGGUUGGUGCCGAGACCUACAGGCAUUCAUAUUUGUGUUUGCAAGACAUAACAGGAUUGUGCUUGAACGUCCUGAAUAUGGCUAUGCAACCUACUUCUUCGAGUUGAUGGAUACCUUACCAAUCAAUUGGCAGAUAACUCGGCUUGUUACUGUUAUGAAGUUAACCAACUGUAGCCGGGCGACGUUACUCGAGAAUAAAGCGCUAGUGGUAGGCGAGGACUUGACAGAAGGCGAAGCCAAGGUUUUAGCAGAAUAUGGUUGGACACCAAAUACUGGUCUGGGAAACAUGCUAAACUAUUGUGAUAGAGUUGUGCAUGACAGGAAAGCUGAGAACCCAGCAGAGUGGAGAUCGAAAAUAGGGAAAUUGCUUGUAGAUGGUUACAACAGUGGCUGCAUAGUAGCCCCUGAUGUUCCAAAGAAAGUGGUGGAAUACGGUUUCUCCAAGAACUCACACAUUAAGAUGGAACUAAAUUGAGUUGUAGGUUCCUGGUGUCGAAGAUGCUGUGAAUAUUAGGCAGAUUUGAAGGUCCCUUUUUGGCCCUGUAAAUGUUUAGACUUUUAACUUUUCCGGACUGUAAAUGGUGGUUAAAGUGCUCAAUGACAUGUAUACAGGAUGUUGACAAGAUCUAAGGGAUUUUGUGUCAUCAAUAUGUAUUAACCUUGUGCGAUACCAGAAGACUUUUGCAAACGUCCAUUUUGAACCAAUUUCACUCGUAUGAUCUAAUUCGUUUUCG